AUGCUCCCUCAUCUUGAGUUCCUUCAAUUACGCGGUAACAAACUGACCGGACCUAUUCCACCCUCCAUAUCUACCUGUUCGAAGUUAAAAUUUCUUGAAUUGAUGGAUAACAAUUUUAGGGGGAGGCUGAAAAUUGACUUUGCAAAACUAAAAGAUAUAUAUUUUGUAUCCUUGGGUAAUAACAUCUAUGGAUUUGGAGAAGCUGACGAUAUGAAGUUUAUUGAUACUUUGAAGAACUGCAGCAGAAUAAAGGUGUUACAUCUUAGUAACUGCAAUUUUCAAGGAGUGCUGCCCACAUCAAUUGGUAAUCUUUCUGAUCAACUAAGUAUUCUAAGUUUGGAUGGAAAUGAUAUAUAUGGAAACCUCCCUUCAAGUAUAGGUAAUCUGGUCGGCUUGAUCGGUUUCUCUUUAACAGAAAACCAAUUUAUAGGAAAAAUCACCUCCACCAUUGGUAAGCUUCAAAACCUACAAGAAGCUUAUUUAUAUAACAACCAAUUUUCAGGGCCAAUUCCAGAUGCCAUCGGGAACUUAUCAUUGUUGACUGGCCUUUGGUUAAAUUCCAACAGAUUGGAAGGACAUAUUCCAUCAAGCCUGGGAAAUUGUCAUCAUCUAUUGGAGUUACACCUUGACGAUAAUAAACUCAGUGGAAAAAUACCUACUCAACUUCUUCAACUUACAUCUCUAACCAUCAUACUAAAUCUUUCUCAAAACAACCUGUCUGGGUCACUUCCAGUAGAGGUUGGCGACCUCAAGAUGUUGACUUAUUUGGAUUUAUCUCAUAAUAAUUUAUCAGGUAAGAUUCCUAAUACCAUUGGUAGUUGCACUAGCCUUUCAUUUUUAUCCCUCAAAUGCAACUUGUUUCAAGGCAUUGUAUCACCAGCAUUAAGUUCUAUGAAAGGAGUUUCGACCCUCGAUCUUUCUCAUAAUAAUUUAUCAGGCCAAAUUCCUCGAUUCUCAGAACAGUUCUCAUUUGAAUAUGUAAACCUAUCAUUUAAUGAUUUUGAGGGUGAAGUACCGGUGCUAGGAGUUUUUGCCAAUGCAAGGAAAUUCUCUGUUUUGGGGAAUAGCAGGCUUUGUGGUGGCUUGGCUGAGCUUGGGUUACCAAAAUGCAAAGAGACAGAAAAACAUCAAAAAAGGUUUCCUUUGUUCGUCAUACUCAUUCUAAUUGCAUCCACACUUUUCACUAUAUUAUAUUUUGCAUUUGUUUUAAGUAAGCAAAGGAAGAGUCACCCGUCUUAA